UAAUCUCUUUGGAUCUAAACAAAGGGCAAACGAAUAGCCAAAUUAAGUGAAUAAGGAAUUUUUCUGGCUAAGAGAGAUUGAAUGAACGAUCACUUUGUUUCUACUGUACUAACGGAAUGUUAGAUUGAGACUUUAUCUUGCUACCAGAUUGAAUUCAUACCUUGAAUGUUAGAUUGAGACUUUAUCUUGCUACCAGAUUGAAUUCAUACCUUGUAAAUGUUUGAAAUCUUCACUGAAAUUUGCCCAGUUUUCAGAGAAGAUGGAUUUGCAUAUGGGCAAACUAUUUGUUGGGGGGAUAUCUUGGGAUACUGAUGAGUGUCGCCUUAAAGAAUAUUUCAGCUCAUAUGGAGAAGUGAUUGAAGCGGUUAUCAUGAGGGAUCGUGCUACUGGCCGUGCACGUGGAUUUGGGUUUGUUGUUUUCUCUGAUCCUGCCAUUGCUGAACGAGUAGUUUUGGAGAAACACAUGAUUGAUGGUCGAACAGUUGAAGCCAAGAAGGCUGUUCCAAGGGAUGAUCAACAAAUCUUAAUUAGGAACAACAAUUGUGGUGGUCUGCAAGGAUCUCCAGUUCCUGGACGGACAAAGAAGAUAUUUGUAGGAGGUUUGGCAUCCUCGGUUGCAGAAAUAGACUUCAAGAAGUAUUUUGAUCAAUUCGGUACGAUUAAUGAUGUUGUGGUUAUGUACGAUCAUAAUACCCAAAGACCAAGAGGCUUCGGUUUUAUCACAUAUGAUUGUGAGGAAGCUGUUGAUAGGGCAUUGUAUAGAACCUUUCAUGAACUUAAUGGUAAAAUGGUUGAGGUUAAACGGGCAGUUCCUAAAGAGCUCUCUCCUGGCUCAAUUAGGAGUCCUUUGACGACUGCAGGAUAUAGUUAUGGUUUCAGUAGGGCGAUUCUCAAUGGUUAUCCUCAAGGUUAUAAUAUGAGCCCAGUUGGAGGAUAUGGCGUUCGAAUGGAUGGAAGGUAUAAUCCGUUUAAUCGAACAGGAUUCUCUCCAUUCGGUUCUAUGGGUUUUGGUGUAGGCAUGAAUCUUGAUGGGGGUGGUGGUAAUGUCAACUUUGGAGGAAACUCCAAUUUUGGUAAUGGUAUUGGAUAUGGUCGGAUUAUAAGUCCUUUUUAUGGUGCUAACUCUAAUCGUUAUGCUCCUCCAAUUGGGUAUGGUGGGAUAAACAUUCAAACCGAUCCUUGUAUAAAUUCACCAGCUCGGAAUGCAUGUGUUGGCGGUGUUGGUGGCGGUUGUCUAAGUGCUUCUGCAAAUAAUUCAAGCCCAAAUACAUAUUUCACUGCUGGAAAUGGAAGUUUUGGAGUGUUUGGAAAUAAUGGACUUAAUUUGGGCCCUUCUCAAUUGUCUCCUCAAGGAAGUGGACUUGCUUCUGGCUAUACAACAGGAGGACAUAUGGGAUAUGGUAACAGAGAAAGUCAUUACAGGUUAAGAGGUUCAGAAUUUGGUGGGAACAGUAUAAGAAAUAUUGUUUCAAGUGGUAUUUCUGAAGGGGACUUUUAUGGGAAUGAUAUUCCAUAUGGUGAUCCAUGGCGAUCUGUUCCGUCUGAGAUAAAUGCGCCAAAUUCAUACAGUUACGGGGCUGAUGGUACACCCGAUGUUACAACAACGGUUAAUAAAGGUUCUGAGGGAUAUUGUGGUCAUUAUAAUAGUUUGCCUCAAAGGCAGACAAAUAGAGGAAUAGCUACUUAGGGGAAAGAAAUAUUAGAGAAGGAAAUUUAUACAUAAAGAAACAGAAAGGAAGAGAGCUAGGAGGGAAAGUUCUGGAGUUAAUCAGAGACUUUAUUUAUUUUUCUACACAAAAUCAUAUACUACAGUUUUUUGCCAUCUUUGGGAAAUUUGGCUUCAGAUUUCCUGGACAUACCAAUAGCUGGUAAAGGUCAAACACAGCAGAGGGUAUACAUUAACUUUAUUUUUCUGCAAAUUCAUUUUUUUUAUUUGGCUUUCUAUAUUUGCUAUUCAUGUAUCAGUUUUUCUUGAGAAUUACUGAAACAUGGAUGAGGUGAAUGUAGUUGGUUAAUACUCAAUGAGUUUUAGUUUAUAUGAAAAUAAGCUAUGCAACAAUUACAGAAGGAUUGUGAAUAUGAGUUUUUCUUUUUUGAAUUUUGGUCGUUUCUCGACCCCUUUCCCUUAGGAUUAGUCAGUUCUAUUUCUCGAUGGAGGCAGUUUAUAUCGGGAGCUCGAACUUUGAAUUGUACCUAAUAACAUGUUAUUAGUUAUUAGAUAAGAACUAUAGGUUUUUUUUUCCAAAUUGACAAAUGGUCUGUCUUCAUAAUUGAUCCUUCAUUUUUUGCCCCUGAACUUG